ACGAAUUCAGUACGAUUUUAUAACUCGGCCGAUCAACAAAUAGAAAAGAGAAGCGUGAUCAGUGAUCACUGAACAUAAGAAGUGCAAUCAAAUCAAAGUGAACUCCAAUUAAUAUUUUCAUCUUUGUAUAUAAUAUUGUGAAGACAAAGUGCAAAAAAGUAUAAACCAAAUAUUGACAUACGUUUUAAUUUAAUUUUUGAAUAGUUCUGUGAAGUUCUGGGAAGAAAAAUUAAUUUAUUGUUGAAAUAGAGAAUAAUUUGAAUAAUGGGGCAGUUGGUAUUCUUGUGGGCAACAAUUGUGGUACUGAUCUGUGCUGGAGGAUACGUCAGUUCGGUUCCAUUUUUUGACCUUGAAGACGAGAUUGAAAAUUUUGGAACAUUGGGGCGUAUCGACAGCAGUCCAGAUUCAGCUGAUUCCUUAGCGGAUGUUGUUAUAUCUGGAGAUAACUCACCACCCGGAAGCAAUCCAUUCUUUCCAGCAAUUUUCCCAUCCGGCAACAACCCCUUCUUCACUAAUUCCUUGUUUUCGCCGUUUGGAAACAUUAAUUUUGGAAUUGAUGAAACAGCAAAUGUACCAUGGUGGGGAGGACAAAAUGUUUGCGUUGAUCGUGUAGAAAGCGAAGACGACCCCGAUGACGAUGAGGAUGAAAAAGCAUCAACAGACGGAUUCAAACCACAGCAGCUCUUUGGUGGAUUCCAGUUUUCUGUCAAUUCAUGUGUCGAGAAGCCACAUAAGCAUACCUGUAAGAAAAUCUUUAGCACAAAUGGCAAAAAGAAAACUCUCACUGUUACACGCCAGUGCUGCCAAGGUUUUGGCCGUCGUCCAAACGCUGCUUAUACCGAACAAUGUAAAAAGAUUGAAAUGAAGAGUUUCGAAGAUGCAGCAACUGAUAUGGGCGGCAAUGAAUUCAUGCGAAGUGUUAAGAACAACGGCCUUGAAAAUAUGCUUGCAUCCAAUGUAACUCUCUUUUUACCAACCAAUCAGGCAUUCACAACAUUUUCGGAACAAAUGUUUGAAAACAAUUUGGUUUACGUACCCAUGGGCAAUAGACGUCGACGUGCUGCUGACCAAUUUGGAUUCACUUCAAAGGACCUACUUCUUGGCCAUAUGGUAGACGGUUUAAAUAUAAUGGAAGACUUAGCUAAUGAAGACCUUUUAACGACAAAACUCAAUAAUAGUUCAAUCCGUAUCAAUAUCUUUAAUAGACCUUUCAGCAAAAGUGGUUCAUUGUACACUGCUAACUGCGCCCCACUAACUAAAAUCAAUCAACCAGUGGUAAAUGGAGUAAUUCAUUCUGUCAGUGGUGUCCUAUCACCUGUCACUAGCAACGUCAUGGAUAUCAUUCGAAAACGUAGCGACAUGGCCGUUUUCAAGACCGUUUUAGAAAAAACAAAGUUAAAUGAGCUUUUGGAAGGUGACAGACCUUUGACUGUAUUUGCUCCAACUGAUAAGGCUUUCGAAAAAUUGGACAUGAAUUUAAGAAGAAAAUUGAAGGAAGGCAAAGGUUGUGCUACAAAUAUUUUGAAAGGCCACAUACUCGAUUUCACUUAUUGCUCAGAGGUAACUUCACGUGGCAAUCCAAAGUCCAUGGCCUACAAUAUUCUUGGAGAAAGCCUACGUUUUGAAUUGUCACCAAAUAAUAAAACUGAAUCUGAACUACAACUCGAUGAUUUACUCAUAAACGGGUUGGUACGAAUUGUCGAAACUGAUAUUAUGGGAACCAAUGGUGUUGUUCAUGUUGUUGAUACGAUUUUGCCAAGUGACAGUUCACGUUCUAUAAGUACACUGAUGCAAGAGAAGAAUAUCAGUAUCUUCAAAUCACUUUUGGAGAUUUCUGGUUUGGAAACUGAAUUCAACGACUACGACAACGCGACUAUUUUUGCGCCCAUUGAUAAGUCCUUUGAGGAUUCUGAAUGGGAAAGGAAACUUAAAGAAAAUCCAGAUCAAUUGAAAAACAGUCCUGCACUUAAGGAUUUCCUGCGUGGCCAUGUUGUCAAACCAAAAAUUAAGACUUGUGAUCUUAAAGUAGACAUAAUCAAAACUGAAGCAGGAUCAGAUUUAAGAGUUAAUUUGUAUUCAACUCAUUCCAUAUUUACAAAUGUCAUGAAUCGCGCAACUGUCAAUUGUGCUCGUUUAGUGCAUUUCGAUGAUGAAAGUUGUGGUUCAGUAUUACAUCAAGUUGAAAAGCAGUUGGAAAAUCCAAAAAAUAAUCUCUACAAAAUAAUCGAAUCCAAUCCCCAAUACAGUAAAUUUCUUGAAGCUGUCAAAGUAGCAAAUUUGACAGGUAUCCUUAUGGACGAGUCUGACAGCUACACAGUUUUUAUGCCAAAGAAUGAAGUAUUCACAGAAUUUGACGUUGAUGUCGCUAGCAAUAAGACCGUUGCAGAACGGUUUGUUAAGGAGCACAUUGUCAACGAUAUUGUUUGUUGCACUGGUAUUACACCCACCAAUUGGCCAUUUGUCCGCACAAUCGAAGCCUUAAGUGGAAGUAAUUUACGAAUUAAUCGCGAUCGUCGCCCUAAAGUUGAAAACGCUAUGAUUAUGAAAUGUGAUAAUUUGGCUACAAAUGGAAUUAUUCACGAGAUAAAUGAUGUUAUUCUCUCAAAGCAAGUGCAAGCUUCAGUUCCAUUAAUUAAAAAUAGAUAUGAUAUUUUAAGAGAUGUAUUUUUUCUAAGGAAUUAGAUAGGCACUGAUGAUAAUUAUCUUUUGUAAAAUGUUCUGGAUUUAUUUUAUAAAAAUUGCGUGAGAGAAAAUAACACAUUUAUUUAUUUUUAUAUAGCAAAAUAAUAUACAUAACAUACAUAUUUUAUAUAAAAGAAGAAAAAUUAAACUUGAAUAGACCAGAAGAUCCUCAGGUUGAAAAAUAUCAUUAUUGAUUGAUUUUAUUGGCAGUUAAAUUUUAAAGUUUACUUUUAAGCUGUACCUACAUAUAUGUAUGUAUGUCUAAAUGGAUAAUGUUUUGCUUUUGAGAUUUUCUUCUUUUUUUAUUUUAAAUCAAUAAAAAUAAAUUAUACAAUAAAAACUUUGUGUAAACUUUUCCUAAGAUUAAAUAAAUGGGUACAACAACACUUUU